AUGGCGGCGACAAAAAGAAAUGCUGGACUUACAUCGGCUGUGCCAAGAGCGACACUCAACGAUGAAGAAUUGAAAAUGCACGUGUAUAAGAAAACCCUUCAAGCUCUUAUCUAUCCGAUAUCAAGCACGACUCCUCACAAUUUUCUACUUUGGACUGCGACGUCACCAACGUAUUGUUACGAAUGCGAAGGUUUGCUAUGGGGAAUAGCGAGACAAGGAGUCAGAUGUACGGAAUGCGGGGUCAAAUGUCACGAAAAAUGUAAAGAUUUAUUAAACGCGGAUUGUUUACAACGUGCGGCGGAAAAAAGUUCAAAACACGGAGCAGAAGACAAAGCAAACAGCAUAAUAACGGCAAUGAAAGAAAGAAUGAAACAGCGGGAAAGAGAAAAACCUGAAAUAUUCGAACUCAUCAGGUCCGUUUUUGGAGUUGACGAAAAAAGUCACAUCGGGUAUAUGGCGGCUGUGAAACAAAGCGUUCUCGAUGGUACAUCAAAAUGGUCGGCUAAAAUAGCAAUCACAGUUAUAUGUGCCCAGGGUCUUAUUGCCAAAGAUAAAAGCGGAACAUCCGAUCCAUACGUGACGGUACAAGUUGGAAAAGUUAAAAAAAGAACGAGAACGAUGCCGCAAGAAUUAAAUCCGGUUUGGAACGAGAAAUUUUACUUCGAGUGUCACAAUUCGUCGGAUAGGAUAAAAGUAAGAGUUUGGGACGAAGAUAACGAUUUGAAAUCGAAAUUACGACAGAAAUUAACGAGAGAAUCCGAUGAUUUUUUGGGUCAAACGAUAAUCGAAGUGAGAACAUUAUCCGGUGAAAUGGACGUUUGGUACAAUCUGGAAAAAAGAACGGAUAAAUCAGCCGUUUCCGGUGCUAUAAGAUUACAUAUCAGCGUAGAAAUAAAAGGUGAAGAAAAGGUCGCGCCAUAUCACGUUCAAUACACUUGCCUUCACGAAAACCUUUUUCAUUCUCUCUGUGAAAACAACGGAGGAAUGGUUAAUUUACCGAGAGCCAAGGGAGACGAUGCUUGGAAAGUUUAUUUCGACGAAGCUGGAGAAGAAUUAGUCGAUGAAUUUGCCAUGAGAUACGGCAUCGAAUCCAUAUAUCAAGCUAUGACGCAUUUUCAUUGCCUUUCGACAAAAUAUUUAUGCCCUGGAGUACCUGCCGUUAUGAGCACUCUCUUGGCUAAUAUAAAUGCCUUUUACGCGCACACUACAGCAUCAUCAGCUGUAUCUGCUAGUGAUAGAUUUUCAGCCUCUAAUUUUGGAAAAGAAAAAUUUGUUAAACUCUUAGAUCAAUUGCACAAUUCAUUGAGAAUAGAUUUAUCAAUGUAUAGGAAUAAUUUUCCAGCGUCGAGCCAGGAAAAAUUGAUGGAUUUAAAAUCAACGGUAGAUUUAUUAACUAGUAUAACUUUCUUUAGAAUGAAAGUACAAGAACUUUCGAGUCCUCCGAGAGCGUCGACGGUCGUAAAAGACUGCGUUAAAGCGUGUUUGAGAUCGACAUAUCAAUUUUUAUUCGAAAAUUGUUACGAACUUUAUUCGCGUGAAUUUCAAGUGGAUCCGAGCGAACCCAAAAGGGAUCCAAACGAUAACGGACCGCAAUUGGACAGCGUUGAUUUUUGGCACAAGUUAAUUGCACUGAUAGUAUCCGUCAUCGAAGAAGAUAAAAACAGUUACGGUCCUGUAUUGAAUCAAUUUCCACAAGAGUUGAACAUAGGUCAGUUGAGUGCUGCGACGAUGUGGAGUCAAUUUGCCAUUGAUAUGAAAUACGCUCUCGAAGAACACGAAACUCACAGGCUGUGCAAGUCUUCUGCUUACAUGAACCUACAUUUCAAAGUCAAAUGGUUACAUACAAAUUAUGUAAAAGAUGUGCCUCCAUAUAAAGGAACCGUGCCGGAAUAUCCAGCAUGGUUUGAGCCCUUCGUCAUGCAGUGGUUAAAUGAAAACGAUGACGUUUCGUUAGAAUAUUUACACGGGGCCUUUAACAGAGAUAAAAAAGACGGGUUUCAAAAAAGUAGUGAACACGCAUUAUUUUCCAAUUCCGUCGUGGAUGUGUUUACUCAGCUCACUCAGUGCUUUGAUGUCGUUUCUAAAUUAGAAUGUCCAGAUCCCGAAAUAUGGAAAAGAUACAUGAAAAGAUUUGCUAAAACAAUCGUUAAAGUAUUAGUUGCCUAUGCCGACAUAUGUAAAAAAGAAUUUCCAAAUUUUUUAAAAGACGAACGUAUUGCCUGUAUUUUAAUGAACAACAUUCAACAGUUGAGAGUUCAAUUGGAAAAAAUGUUUGAAUCAAUGGGCGGUGAUAAAUUGGAAGAAGAUGCUGCCAACAUAUUAAAAGAGCUACAGCAAAAUUUAAACAGCGUACUCGAUGAUCUCGCAAUAGUGUUUGCAUCGAGUUUGGAAAAUCAAAUAACUGUCAGCGUUCGAGAAUUAGGAGAUUUAUUAUUGUCCAUAAAGGGCGGAGGACAAGUCACGUUAAAUCAACCCGCUCAAAGGAAUGCUGUUGCACAGGAAGCGGAUGAAGUUCUUCGUCCUCUCAUGGAUUUACUCGACGGUUCGCUCACACUUUACGCUCAGUCGUGUGAAAAGACUGUGUUAAAACGCUUGCUCAAAGAGCUCUGGAAAAUCGUCAUGAGAAUUCUGGAGAAGACUGUUGUUUUACCCCCAAUGACUGAUAAAACGAUGAUUCUUAAGAAUUUAACAGACAAUGCUAAAAACUUGGCAGCCAAUGCAAAAAUAGAAGACAUGUCGAAAUUGUUUAGGAAUCACAUGGCAGGAAAACAAGACGUUAAAAAUGCAUUAAGCGGCGUUAUGGAUAUAUCGAAAGAAGUAGAAAGGAAUUUGACACCGAAACAGUGUGCCGUUUUAGACGUGGCACUAGACACGAUAAAACAAUAUUUCCACGCCGGCGGAAACGGUUUGAAAAAGACAUUUUUGGAAAAAUCACCGGAAUUGCAAAGUUUGAGAUAUGCCUUGUCUUUAUACACUCAAACGACUGACGCCCUGAUAAAAACGUUCGUCACGACGCAAUUGAACGAAGAAAAAAAAAAAAAUUAUCGACAAAAUGUUUUGUUUUCGAGAUAUCGAUCGAUAUUUCCCGUAUGA